AUGACGACCCAAGGCCCGGUGGAAAGGUAUAUAGUUGGCGUCAACACGGCAAAUGUCGAGCUUGCCUUGAGCGCAUUUGGAUCUGAUGCAGAGAUAACCGACGAUGGGAAAAGCUACAGAGGGGACGGCAUUAGAUUGUUCGUCGAACAUGGAGUCAUCGGUCACAAAGCAAGCGUCAAAGUUCUCGCACAGGAGAUUCUACCAGAUGGACGCACCUACCUUCAUGUUUUGAUGGAUGGAGACUUUGCUGCCGAGUUUGGCAUCACGGAACCUUUUGAGUUGUUUCUUGUUUUCACCAUCAAGGAGAACAAGAUUCAGCAUGUAGACAUGGGCGACGUGGACCCCAAGAAAGACACGGUUUGGACUGUCUACGCAGCUGGCGCCAAUUUGGACGACCCCCUAUCAUCGAUCCGCGUUCGGAGGCGCAACGCACCUCCUCCGAAGGAAGGAUAUGUCCGCGUCAGGAUGCAGGCUGUUGGUCUCAACUUCCACGAUAUCUUCACGUUGCGAGGCUUGGGAAUGCACAAGAUAAAAUUCCCCAUGAUACUCGGCAAUGAAGGUGCUGGUGUACUCGACGACGGUACUGAAGUUGCCCUCUACCCAAAUCUGGGUGAUUCAGACUUCAAGGGCGACGAGACCAUUGAUCCGAAGAGGCACGUUCUGGGUGAAAUUGAACAGGGUACGCUCGCGGAGUAUAUAUGGGUCCCAAAACGCAAUGCUGUUCCUCGGCCCGGUGGAUUGAACGCCCAGGUGGCAAGUGUGAUGGGCGUCGCGUGGUUGACGGCGUUUAGAAUGAUGUUCGUCAAGGCGAAUUUGCGGCCAGGCCAAACUGUUCUCGUCCAGGGAUCGUCUGGUGGUAUGUUUUCCAACCCGUUAUUUGUCACCCAUACUAAUGGAAACUUCGCAGGUGUCACAACCGCCUUGAUACAGCUUGGUUCUGCGGCCGGCUAUCGCGUCUGGACAACUGGGCGCACAGAAGCGAAACGAGCAAUAGCAAAGCAUUUGGGUGCCGAACAGACAUUCGAGCCUCUCCAAACGUUGCCACGUCUUGUUGAUGCCGUGUUUGACACUUCGGGGGCCGCGACCAUCAAUCAUUCAAUUGCAUCUACCAAGCCAGGUGGCACAGUAGUGAUCUGUGGCAUUCAUUCCGAAGGAGGCGCCACAAAGGUUCCAGUCGAUAUGUUUCCAAUCCUAGUCAACCAAAUCAACUUGACAGGCGUCUAUACUGGCACAAGAGAGGAAUUCGGGGAUUUGCUCAAUUUCGUGGCCGAAAAGGGAAUCAAGCCAUACAUUGGGCGAGUGCUCCCACUCGAAAAAGCCGAGGAAGGAUUGAGAGAUAUUUAUGAGGGAAAGACGCAAGGGAAAAUUGUAAUUACCAUCUCUUGA